CCGGUGGAGGCUCAGCGUCAGAACGCCUGUGUCCGCGGAAGUGGACGGAUCCCGUCCAGCGAGAACAGUUCCAGUGUAGCUGGCAGUGAACAGUGACGUGUAGUGUCAGAGAGUCAGUGGCCGAGUGCUCGUCUUCCAUCCGGAUACCACUUGCCGGUUCGCCAUGGCCCCCAACAUCACCAACGCACCCACCGGUGUGCUCUUCGAGGAUGACGACAAGCCCAUCGAGGGACUGAAGGACAGGGUGGUGGACACCCAUGUCCCCCAGACUUGCGACCCCAACCACAAGAUCCGCAUCGUCUGGAGAAACGUUGCCAUCUUCUUGUACCUGCACAUUGCCGCCAUCUACGGCGGCUACCUGCUCCUCACCUCCGCCAAGCUCCUCACCGUCGCCUUCGCCAUCGUCAUGUACUGGGCUGGCGGCUUGGGUAUCACUGCCGGCGCCCAUCGUCUGUGGGCCCACAAGGCCUACAAGGCCAACCUUCCCCUGCGCAUCAUCCUGACCGUGUUCAACACCAUCGCCUUCCAGAACCACGUCAUCGAGUGGGCUCGCGACCACCGUGUGCACCACAAGUACACUGAGACCGACGCCGACCCCCACAACCUGAACCGCGGCGUCUUCUUCGCCCACGUCGGCUGGCUGUUGUGCCGCAAGCACCCCGACGUCAUCUCCAAGGGCAAGGGCAUCGACAUGUCCGACCUGGAGUCCGACCCCGUGCUCGCCUUCCAGAAGAAGUACUACCUCAUCCUGAUGCCCAUCACCUGCUUCAUCGUGCCCACCAUGAUCCCCAUGUACCUCUGGAACGAGACCUUCACCAACUCGUGGUUCGUGGCCACCAUGUUCCGCUACGUGUUCACCCUCAACAUGACCUGGCUGGUGAACAGCGCCGCCCACAAGUGGGGAAACCGCCCCUACGAUGAGUCCAUUGCCCCCUCCGAAAACCUGGGCGUCUCCAUCGGUGCCAUGGGCGAGGGCUGGCACAACUACCACCACGUCUUCCCCUGGGACUACAAGGCGGCCGAGCUGGGCAACUACAGGGGCAACUUCACCACGGCCUUCAUCGACUUCUUCUCGCGCCUGGGCUGGGCCUACGACCUCAAGACCGUGCCCUCCGCCAUGGUCAAGUCCCGCGUGGAGAGGACCGGUGACGGCAGCCACGAAGUCUGGGGCUGGGGAGACAAGGACAUGACCCCUGAGGACCGGCAGAUGGCCAACAUCCUCAACAAGAAGUCCACCUAGACACCCUCUAGGUGGGCGUGUACAUAGUAUGCGUGCAUGUGUGUGAGAAAGUGCGUGCUUGUGUGUGUGUCCGAGCGUGUGAGCGUGUUGUGAGAGAAUGAGUGCCCGGUGUCACAUUAAUUGCGACUCAAAAUGUGAAUGUAGUCUGUCCAAGACAACUUCUGUGCCAUGGGUUGUUACGAAGCGUCAACAGCUGGGUUGUAGAUUCGCCUUAAGUUUUAAUUGGUUUGCGUGUCGAUAGAGAAAGACAAAAUUUUAUGUUUUUUCAACCUUCUUUGUAAUAAUUUUACCCAGUGCUAUGACUUAGACUCUUCUCAUUAUUAUCCACAAUAUAGUAGGUUUUUUUUUCAUUUUCAGAGUAUGUUAAGGGAAGUCCACCAAGUAAAGGCAAUUUUUUCUAAAAUUUGUGUUAGAACAUUACGUUUUUAGUAGAAGCAUGCAGACACGCGCAUGAAAGGAAAUCUUAUUUUCGGUGGCUUGACUUCUCACGUGACAUAACGUUUUCUGUGAUAUAACGUAGCUUAUUGGAUACUGUCUUUGUUGAUUCUGCAACCCAAUGAGUGGGGCACAAUUUUUCAACAUUAAUUUUAAGUAUGUAGUUAUCAUGUUAUUUCAACUGUAGGCUUAUGGAUCUGUGUUUUUGGUGUCAGAUUCUGCUCAUUAUUGUGACACGGCUUUUCUGUUUUUAACUACUGAAAUGUGUGCCCAGGAAGUAGAACCGACUUCCUCUGCGGCGCGAGCCCUUUCUGGUUGACACGUUCUCUAACAAGAAGUAGAGUGUACGCCGAGGGCGUUAAGUCGAGAUCGCAUUGUAUCGACAUCGAAUCGGUGUAUCACUGUCUCAUGUCUUACUGAGAGCUCAAGGACUGAAGAGGCGCCGGCUGCAGAGCAGGCGGAGUUUGGGGCUGAGCGUUCCCACAACACCGCGUGGUCGGUUGAGGCCAUAGUUUUAUUUCUUCCUCCAAAGAUUUUCAUCCUAUGUCAAGAGUGUUUCAUUAUCUGUCUGCGACUUUUCUAUAAUUCUCUCAAAUUUUGUCAAUUUGCCGAUAGAUACUAUUUGAAAAAGUUAGGUACAAACGAGUAGGCUAGAGUUUGGACUUACUGGGUAAGGGCAUCCGCAAACAUCUUCAAUGAUAGUGUUUUGUAAUUGGUGAUCGGGAAAUCUUAUGAAAUUCGGCAUAAUGUAGUUUAAAGCUAUGGUUGUGAUAAUCCUAUGUCAAGAGUGAAUAAUGUUGAGCCUGUACAUGAACAAAAAUUAGCCUACUGUUUUUAUAGAGCUCUUGAUUGCACUUUUUGUUUCUUGAGAAGGAGCUUUGAUUAUUUAUUGAUACUUGUAUGUCUAGAGUAGCCAGUGACGUGCCGUACAUAGCCGUGCAUUGUAGCGUCCUCCAGCCUUUUGACUCUUUUUCUGUUUACUUAAGAAAAGUCUCUUUUGGUCGGCAUGGAGUGCUUCAAAUGCGGGUUGCGUUUUUAGCUUAUCGGAUUGUUGUGAAUUUUCCAUCGUGGGUGGAGAAAUUCAAAAACAUUGACUGAUCGUACGUGGAGUGACGAAAAAAAUUAUAUAUUUGAUAAUUGUUGCAAUAAAAAUACUUUUGUCUUGGUUA